UCGCUGCGAGCAGGAGGAGAAGGCGUCUGGGGUGUCUGAGGCCCCGCCCCGCCCGCCCCGCCCACCCGCCGCCCGCCCGCCGCCCGCACGCCCGCACACCCACACGAUGCUGGUCCAGGAGCCGCUACAGGCCGCGGUUUGGCACUGCCUGAACCACUAUGCCUAUCGGGAUGCCACCUUCCUUGCCGAGAGACUGCUGGCUGAAGUUGACUCCGAUGAGGCGCUACACUUGGUGGCGACGUCAUACUACCGCUCAGGGAAGCCCGGCCGCGCCUACUCGGUGCUGCGGGCUCGCGGCACCCGCACCCCACAGCUCAGGUUCCUCAUGGCACGCUGCUGCUUUGACCUCUGCAAACUUGAGGAGGCCGAGACGGUGCUAACGGGGGGCAGCGUGCUCCACCCCAAGACGAUAGACGAGCUGACAGUCGAAUACGGGGACCUGGCCUGCUUCGCCCUGCAGCUCCUGGGCCUGAUCUGCGCCCGCACCGAACGGCUGGCCCGCGCAAUGGAGGCAUUCCGCCGCUCCCUGAAGCUCAACCCCUUCCUCUGGCAGUCCUUCGUGGCACUCUCUGACCAGGGAGACAAGACUGACCCGGCCAAGGUGUUCCGGCUGGACAGCCUCGAGAGCUUCAGCAACUGUCACGGCAACACAGUGCUCACCCUUGUCAACAGCGCCCCGCCACCAGGGGGGGGCGGGGGCAGCACCACCACCGAACCCAUGCUCACCAAUACCACCACCACCACCACCACCCUCAACAGCGUCACUGUAAACAGCCACCAGCAGCAGCAGGAGACGUUCAACCAAACACCAACGUUCACCCCCAUGCACAACACCAAUACCCCAAACAACCUCCUCCCCGUUGCCCACACCCCAUCCUUUACCCUGAGCACCCCAUCCCCCCUAAACACCCCAGUGGCCAUCACGAUCACCCCCACCCCAGACCGCGGCACUGGGGUGGGCGGGGACACCGGGGAAGGCAUUUUACAAGCCCCAAAGAAGAAGAAAUUGGUUAGGCUUCGGAGCGUCAUGGGUGGAAGUGUUAGUCUAAGCCCUCUGUCGCCUAGUUUCGGUGUCCUGCCUCUCGACGCCGGGACCCCAGUCUGUGAAGAACACCCAGCCCUCUUGAACACGUCUGUGGCCUUCCUCACCCCCUCCCCGCUCUCUCUGUCGCAGCUGGACGCAGAACCCAAUGCCAAGAUCCCAACACCUCUCAGUAAAAGGAUCCUAUGCCGGAAGACCAAGGACUCCCCGCUGGUGCUGAACAAGCCGGCGGUCUUCGCUCCGGCGGGCAACAACAGCAACUUCCAGAGCCCCCCCAGCGUGCAGCCCAACCCCAACGUGCGGCGUUCCUCUCGGCUCUUCGGCAACAGCAACUCGGUGAAGGAGAACAACAAGUCCCCCGCCAGGAAGACCAAGACCAGGUCCUCCAAGAGUCAGUCCAGCCUGUCGGAGCUGAAUGAGAAAAACAAGAGUGAGAACCAAGACAUCAUCUCGCCCACCGACAAGCCCUACCCCGAGAAACCUCCCUCGCCGCAGUCCCUCGCACAGCAGGCCUUCACUAUACAGAAGCAGUCGGCGGAGGGGUUGAUGUCCUUGCUGCGGGACAUGGGCACAGCGUAUCAGCACCUGGCGCAGUACAAUUGUGAGAAGGCCAUUGAGCUGCUGAGCGCCUUGCCCACCCAGCACUACCGCACCGGCUGGGUUCUCUCGCACAUCGGCAAGGCGUACUUCGAGAUGACGGACUACCAGCAGGCCGUCAAGUUCUUCAGUGAGGUGCGUGAGUGGGAGCCGCACCGUCUGCACCUCAUGGAGUACUACAGCACCGCACUCUGGCACCAGCAGAAAGAAGUGCAGCUCUCCGCUUUGGCCCAGGACCUGGUGGAGGAGGAUCGUGAGUGCCCGCAGGCCUGGUGUGCCACGGGGAACUGUUUCUCCCUGCAGAAGGAACACGAGGCAGCCAUCAGGUUCUUCUCCAGGGCCAUACAGGUGGACCCCAACUUUGCCUACGCCUACACCCUGCUUGGCCACGAACACAUAGCCACGGAGGAGCUGGACAGUGCCCUCAGCUGCUACAGGAGUGCCAUCAGGAUAGACCCUCGACACUACAAUGCCUGGUACGGCAUUGGUCUGGUGCUAUUCAAACAGGAGAGGUUCGCCCAAGCUGAGUCCCACUUCAGGAAGGCGCUGAGCAUCCACCCUCAUAGCUCAGUGCUCAUGUGCCAUGUGGCCGUGGUGGAACACGCCUUACAAAAAAGCAGUGCCGCGCUGUCCACCCUAAACCGGGCCUUGGCGGUGGACCCUCGCAACCCACUGUGCAAGUACCAUCGGGCAUCCAUCCUGCACGCCACGGACCGCCACCAGGAAGCCCUCGCAGAGCUUAACCACCUGCGGGAGAUUGUGCCCAAGGAGUCCAACGUUUACUUCUUGCUGGGGAAGGUGCACAAAAAGCUGGGUCAGACUCACUUGGCCCUCAUGAACUUCUCCUGGGCCAUGGAUCUUGACCCUAAAGGUGCCAACAACCAGUUCAAGGAAGCUAUUGACCCCGCCAUCAACCGCUUCCCUGUGGACGAUGAUGACACCACCAACAACAACCCUCAUGAUAACGGCAGCGAAAGUUGCUCCCUGGCACCAGCCGAGUCCUCGCAGGAGUCGCUGAUCCUGGAGCCGCAGCAAAUACCCAACGUGGAGAGCCUCAGCGACGACAGCCUAUAAUAGCAGGAGGCUUAGGCUUCUCAAUUUCUCAUAAACCUAUUGCCACACAGGGAUGGAGGGAGGGAGGGGGGGAUGGUGGUUUUUUUUUUUUUCUUUUUUUUCCUUUAUAUAUUUUUUUUAUCAUUCAGGAGGGAGAGAGCUUGGCACUGCCUCCCAUUGGUUAAUUAUUGUAGCCUAGCUCACUGGAGAGGAAUGCAUGAGUGUGUGUGUGUGUGUGUGUGCAUCGGGUGAGUUGAGUGUGGCUGAGUGGGGAGAGCUAGGAGUGAGGCUGGAGUACAAACAAACCUGGGAGGAUCAAGGUUACCACAGGAAGGUAGCACGGCAGGACGUGUAUCUAUGCUCCACCACCUGAGCCACGCCCUCGCCGGCCCAGGCACCGAUGAUGUGGGCCAGCCACAGCCUGCACUGGCUGGCUGGCUGGCCCAGGAGGCAGCCCCUCCCUGGGCACAGUGGAGGAGGCCAGGCCUGGGCAGGGCAGGGGCACUGCCGCCAGGCUGAGGAAGGCAGUUGGUGUGGGGGUGGGAGUGAGGGGCCGCUCCCUCCCAACCCUGCCCCCAUGCGCCUGGCUGGAGAGGGAGUAUCGGUGUUCUCCCGCCCUGCACGUGGUGGCAUACAGCAUAGCAAGGAGCACUCGGAGACAUUCUUUGAGCUAAAUGUAAGUGAUCUGUAAAUUUUAUUUAUAUUCCAUAAUUAUAUAAAUAGAGACGACGCUUAAAAUCCACAGGGCUUUGGUCCCUCCGUCCCGGCGAGGCAGUGUCCUGCGCGCCGGUUGGUGGCCGACCAAAGUUCCUGUAAAUUUCAAGACUAUUUAAAGGAAUGACAAAUAUAUAUAUGUAAAUUAAUCAUUGUUAUACCAGAUUCUAGUCUUAGGCUACUGUUGCCACUCAAGUAAGGAUGCAGUAACUGACCUUGAAAGUUACUGAGAAUUAAUGCCAAGCAUUGAUCCAAGCUGUGUUAUCUCCUACCCCAGUGUAUGGCUGACCUGACUGCUAAGUGUUGUUAGACUCUUCAGUGUUUUGUAAAUAAAGAAUAAAACCACA